AUGUUGCGGAGGCUGUUCAGCCGCAAGCAGCACAAGCGCCUGGAGGAGGAGCCUGAGGGCCGCUUCAGAGGGAAGGUGAUCUCGGAGACGGAGCUGGAAUGCACGUACGUGCGCCCGGGAGGCUCCAACUACUCGAGCCCGUCUCUUCCCGCCCCGCCCGGGCUGAACGACCACGACCAUGCGGUGGUGGGCCUGGCCCCGGAGCACAUCCCCACGGCGGGCGCGGCUCUCACCUGGCAGGCGGCCAUCGACGCCGCGCGGCAGGCCAAGCUCAUGGGCAACGCCAGCGCGCCCAUCUCCACCGCCAGCUCCACGCAACGCAAGCGCCAGAACUACGGCAAGCCCAAGAAGCAGACCAGCACCGCCACCACGCGCCCGCCCCGCGCCCUGCUCUGCCUGACGCUCAAGAACCCCAUCCGCCGGGCCUGCAUCAGCAUCGUGGAGUGGAAACCCUUUGAAAUAAUCAUUUUGAUGACUAUUUUUGCUAACUGCGUGGCCUUAGCUGUCUAUAUCCCCUUCCCCGAGGACGACUCCAAUGCCACAAACUCCAAUCUGGAACGGGUGGAGUAUCUGUUCCUCAUCAUUUUCACAGUGGAAGCAUUUCUGAAGGUAAUAGCCUAUGGACUGCUCUUCCACCCCAAUGCGUACCUGCGCAAUGGAUGGAACCUGCUGGAUUUCAUUAUAGUGGUUGUAGGGCUUUUUAGUGCUAUUUUAGAACAAGCCACCAAAGGGGACGGGGCCACGCCCAUCGGCGGAAAGGCGGCGGGCUUCGACGUGAAGGCGCUGAGGGCGUUCAGGGUGCUGCGUCCGCUGAGGCUAGUGUCCGGGGUGCCCAGCCUGCAGGUGGUGUUGAACUCCAUCAUCAAAGCCAUGGUCCCGCUGCUGCACAUCGCUCUCCUCGUGCUCUUCGUCAUCAUCAUCUACGCCAUCAUCGGCCUGGAGCUCUUCAUGGGCAAGAUGCACCGCGCCUGCUACAUUUACCGCGACGGACACCUGGGUCCCCUGGCGGAGGAGAAGCCGGCUCCCUGUGCUCAGGCCCACGCCCACGGCCGGCAGUGCAGUCCGGAGAACACCACCAAGUGCGAUGCGGGCUGGGAGGGCCCCAACGACGGCAUCACCAACUUUGACAACUUUGCCUUCGCCAUGCUGACGGUCUUUCAGUGCAUCACCAUGGAGGGCUGGACGGACGUGCUGUACUGGAUGCAGGACGCUAUGGGCUAUGAGCUUCCCUGGGUCUAUUUUGUCAGUCUGGUCAUCUUUGGAUCCUUUUUCGUACUAAAUCUGGUUCUGGGGGUGUUGAGCGGGGAGUUCUCGAAGGAGCGAGAGAAGGCCAAAGCUCGGGGAGACUUCCAGAAGCUGAGGGAGAAGCAGCAACUGGAGGAGGACCUGAAAGGGUACCUGGACUGGAUCACCCAGGCCGAGGACAUCGACCCCGAGAAUGAGGAGGAGGGCCUGGACGAGGAGAAGCCCAGAAACCUGAGCAUGCCCACCAGCGAGAACGAGUCGGUCAACACGGACAACGCUCCGGCCGGGGACAUGGAGGGGGAGACCUGCUGUACCAGGCUGGCAAAUAGGAUCUCCAAAUCCAAGUUCAGCCGGUACUCGCGGCGCUGGAACCGGCUGUGUCGCCGCAAGUGUCGAGCGGCAGUAAAGUCCAACGUCUUCUACUGGCUGGUGAUCUUCCUGGUCUUCCUCAACACGCUGACCAUCGCCUCCGAGCACCACCGGCAGCCCGAGUGGCUCACUGAAGUGCAAGACAUUGCGAACAAGGUGCUGCUGGCCCUGUUCACGGGGGAGAUGCUGCUGAAGAUGUACAGCCUGGGCCUGCAGGCCUACUUCGUCUCGCUCUUCAACCGCUUCGACAGCUUCGUGGUGUGCGGCGGCAUCCUGGAGACCAUCCUGGUGGAGACCAAGAUCAUGUCCCCGCUGGGCAUCUCCGUGCUCCGCUGCGUGCGCCUACUGCGCAUCUUCAAGAUCACCAGGUAUUGGAACUCUCUGAGCAACCUGGUGGCCUCCCUGCUGAACUCUGUGCGCUCCAUUGCGUCCCUGCUGCUGUUGCUCUUCCUCUUCAUCAUCAUCUUCUCCCUGCUGGGCAUGCAGCUCUUUGGCGGGAAGUUCAACUUUGAUGAGACACGACGCAGCACCUUUGACAACUUUCCCCAGUCCUUGCUCACUGUAUUUCAGAUCCUGACAGGUGAGGACUGGAACUCAGUGAUGUACGAUGGGAUCAUGGCUUAUGGAGGGCCGUCCUUCCCAGGAAUGCUGGUCUGCAUCUACUUCAUCAUCCUCUUCAUCUGCGGAAAUUACAUCCUCCUGAAUGUCUUCUUGGCCAUCGCUGUGGACAAUCUUGCAGAUGCGGAGAGUCUGACGUCAGCCCAGAAGGAGGAGGAAGAGGAGAAAGAGAGGAAGAAGCUUGCCAGAACCGCCAGCCCGGAAAAGCGUCCAGACAACGAGAAACCACCACUGGUGGAGGAGAAGAAGGAGGAGAAGAUUGAGCUGAAAUCCAUCACUUCAGACGGAGAGACUCCCACUGCCACCAAGAUAAACAUCGAUGAGUUCCAGGGGGAUGAGAAUGAAGAGAAGAAUCCCUAUCCGGCUAAUGAUUUCCCAGGGGAGGAGGAGGACGAGGAGCCGGAGAUGCCGGUGGGGCCGCGGCCCCGCCCGCUCUCGGACAUACAGCUGAAGGAGAAGGCCAUACCCAUACCAGAGGCCCGGGCCUUCUUCGUCUUCAGCCACACUAACAAGUUCAGGGUACUGUGUCACAAGAUUGUGAACCACAACAUCUUCACCAACCUCAUCCUCUUCUUCAUUCUACUGAGCAGCAUCUCGCUGGCAGCUGAAGAUCCCGUGAAGAACGAUUCCUUCAGGAACAAGAUACUAGGCUAUGCAGAUUACGUCUUUACAGGACUGUUCACGAUCGAAAUUAUCUUAAAGAUGACAGCUUACGGAGCCUUCCUUCACAAGGGCUCUUUCUGUCGCAAUUACUUCAACAUCCUGGACCUGGUGGUGGUCAGUGUGUCCCUCAUCUCCUCUGGGAUCCAGUCAAGUGCCAUUAACGUUGUGAAGAUCCUCAGGGUUCUGCGAGUGUUGAGGCCAUUGAGGGCUAUCAACAGGGCCAAGGGCCUGAAACAUGUGGUCCAGUGUGUCUUUGUGGCCAUCCGCACCAUCGGGAACAUCGUGAUCGUCACCUCUCUCCUGCAGUUUAUGUUUGCCUGCAUUGGAGUGCAGCUCUUCAAGGGGAAGUUCUACAGCUGCACAGACAGCUCCAAGCAGACAGAGCCUGAGUGCAAGGGGGCCUAUAUCCUGUACAAGGAUGGGGAUGUAGCCAAACCAGAGAAAGCCAAGCGCAUUUGGGAGAACAGCGAGUUCAACUUUGACGAUGUGCUCCAAGGCAUGAUGGCCCUUUUCGCAGUGUCCACCUUUGAGGGGUGGCCAGCGCUCCUGUAUCGAGCCAUAGACUCCCACACUGAGGACAUCGGGCCCAUCUACAACUACCGCGUGGUGAUCUCCAUCUUCUUCAUCAUCUACAUCAUCAUCAUCGCCUUCUUCAUGAUGAACAUCUUUGUAGGUUUCGUCAUCGUCACAUUCCAGGAGCAGGGAGAGCAAGAGUACAAGAACUGUGAGCUGGACAAAAACCAGCGUCAGUGUGUGGAGUACGCCUUGAAAGCUCGCCCCCUGAGGAGGUACAUACCCAAAAACCCAUACCAGUACAAGGUGUGGUAUGUGGUGAACUCCACCUACUUUGAGUACCUGAUGUUCACCCUCAUUCUUCUCAACACCAUCUGCCUGGCCAUGCAGCAUCACGGCCAGUCUACGGCCUUCAACAAGGCCAUGAAUGUGCUUAACAUGCUGUUCACUGGCCUCUUCACCGUGGAGAUGAUCCUCAAACUCAUAGCCUUCAAGCCGCGGGGGUACUUUAGUGAUCCUUGGAAUGUAUUUGACUUCCUCAUCGUAAUUGGCAGCAUAAUAGACGUCAUUCUGAGUGAAAUCAAUCCAGCUGACUCCACCUCGUCUUCCCAGUCCCCCAUGGUAAGACCAAUGGGACUACAAAACACUGAAGAUAAUGCCAGGAUCUCCAUCACCUUCUUCCGGCUAUUCCGAGUGAUGAGGUUGGUGAAGCUCCUGUCCCGAGGGGAAGGCAUCCGAACCCUGCUGUGGACCUUCAUCAAGUCCUUUCAGGCUCUGCCCUAUGUAGCCCUGCUCAUUGUGAUGCUGUUCUUUAUCUACGCUGUUAUUGGAAUGCAAAUGUUUGGUAAGAUUGCCCUGAGGGACAACACUCAGAUCAAUCGAAACAACAACUUUCAGACGUUUCCUCAGGCCGUGCUCCUGCUUUUCAGGUGCGCAACAGGGGAGGCAUGGCAAGAGAUCAUGUUGGCCUGUGAGCCCAUGAAGCCAUGUGAGAAGGGCUCAGAGGUGGGCCUGGACAGCGAGGAGUGCGGCAGCCAUUUUGCCAUCAUCUACUUUGUCAGCUUCUACAUGCUCUGUGCCUUCCUGAUCAUCAACCUGUUUGUUGCUGUCAUCAUGGACAACUUUGACUACCUGACACGAGACUGGUCGAUCCUGGGACCUCACCACCUUGACGAGUUCAAAAGAAUCUGGGCGGAGUACGACCCGGAGGCCAAGGGGAGGAUAAAGCAUCUGGACGUGGUGACGCUGCUUCGCAGGAUACAGCCGCCCCUGGGUUUUGGGAAGCUGUGCCCUCAUCGAGUGGCCUGCAAGCGGCUGGUGUCCAUGAACAUGCCUCUGAACAGUGAUGGCACGGUCAUGUUUAACGCCACCCUGUUUGCUCUGGUGCGAACAGCACUGCGCAUCAAGACGGAAGGUAAUUUGGAGCAGGCAAAUGAGGAACUCCGGGCGAUUGUUAAGAAGAUUUGGAAGAGGACCAGUAUGAAACUGCUGGACCAGGUCGUGCCCCCUGCAGGAGACGAUGAGGUGACCGUUGGGAAGUUCUACGCCACCUUCCUUAUCCAAGAAUAUUUCCGGAAGUUCAAGAAGCGCAAGGAACAGGGCCUGGUGGCUAAAGUCCCACCAAAGACGGCUCUCUCCCUCCAGGCAGGACUGCGGACCCUCCAUGACAUGGGGCCGGAGAUCCGCAGGGCUAUCUCAGGUGACCUGACCGUGGAAGAGGAGCUGGAGAAGGCCAUGAAGGAGACGGUGUCGGCCGCUUCCGAAGAUGACAUCUUCAGGGUAAAGCGGGCAGGUGGCCUCUUCGGCAACCACGUCAACUACUACCACCAGAGCGACGGGCGGAGCUCCUUCCCACAAUCCUUCACCACUCAGCGGCCGCUCCACAUCAGCAAGUCGGGCAGCCCCGGGGACGACGUGUCGCCGUCCCACGAGAAGCUGGUGGACUCCACCUUCACCCCCAGCAGCUACUCCUCCUCGGGCUCCAACGCCAACAUCAACAACGCCAACAACACCGCCAUCGGCCGUUUUCCCUGCCCCUCCAUCAGCACGGUGGACGGGCAGAGCGGCCCGCCUCUCACCCCUGUCCUGCUGCCCCGUGCUGCCUGGCACUUCCCCGCCAAGAGGACGUGUUUCUAUGAGACCCUCCUCCGCUCGGACUCCAGCGACAGCCGCCUGCCAAUCAUCCGCAGGGAGGAGGCGUCCACCGACGAGGCGUACGACGAGACGUUCGUGGACGAGAGGCACUACCGCAGCGAUCAGAGCAUACUCUCCUCUGAAAUGCUUGUGUAUCAGGAUGAAGAGAGCAAACAGCUGGCCCCCAUGGAGGAGGGAGAUGACAGUGAAGAUAGGAGACCUUGGCAGUCCCCCUUCCUCUGUCCCACAGCCCUGGACCGAAGGUCUUCCUUCCACUUGGAGUGUCUGAGGAGGCAGACGAGGACAGACGUCUCCCAGAAAACUGCACUACCACUUCACCUUGUACACCAUCAGGCCCUGGCGGUGGCAGGGUUGAGUCCCCUCCUGAGGAGGAGUCACUCUCCGACGCUCUUCUCGAGACUGUGCUCCACGCCGCCCGCCAGUCCGUGUGCCCGGGGCGGGCGGUCGUACCAGCGCGUGCCCACGUUCUGCCUGGAGGGGUCCGGCUCCUACGAGAAGCUCAACAGCAGCCUGCCGUCGGUCAACUGUGGCCCCUGGUACAACGACAGCAACGGGAACAGCACAGGCUCCAGCCAGCGGCCCCCCAGGCCUGUUUCACUCACCGUGCCCCCGGUGGUGAGGAGGGACUCUACCCUGCUGUCCCACGGCAGUGCCGGCAGUCUGGUAGAAGCGGUUUUGAUAUCUGAAGGUCUGGGUCGGUACGCGCAGGACCCAUCGUUCAUCGAGGUGACUAAGCAGGAGCUGGCGGACGCGUGCGACAUGACCAUCGAGGAAAUGGAGAGCGCGGCCGACAACAUCCUCAAUGGCAACACCCAGCCCAGCGCCAACGGCAACCUGCUGCCCUAUAUGCACUGCAGAGACCAGGACGAACAGGGGCCCAGCCACAGCGAGGAGGCCGCAGGGGCCACUGGCGGGGCGGGGGAGGAGGGGGAGGAGGAGGAGGAGGAGGAAGAGGACAGGGCCUCUUCCUCAGGCCAUCGGGAUUGUGGGUUAUUGGACGACGAUGACAUGGAUUGUGUCACUAGUUUGUAG